AUGGACCACUACCCCUUUACGGAUAGCUUUUUUGAAUCGUUGGGACAAUAUUCCGCACAAAUCCCAGCGCCGACAAUCCCAGUUGAAACCGCCAAAAAUCAUGUGCCAUUGGCCCCUAUUAAUUUCGAGUUUCAAGGGAUUCUCAGAGAUGCUUUGGUAACGGCGAUAAACGAAGAACUUGGCAAGCUCGGCGGGCUUUUACAGUGUUCUCUGAGAGAUCUUGUUACGACGGAGAUUGGUCAGCAGUUUAGCACCUUCACAAAGAUGGUGGAUUUGGUUAUCAGGGAAAUUAAGACCCUUAUCAGUGAAGAUCUCAACAAAAUGAAGACUGGGAUGGAGAAGUUUAUGCAGGCUGCUGGGGAUCAGUUUGGUCUUCACCCCGAGGAGGUGGACUAA